AUGGACGCACCCAUAACGUUUGACGCUGAUGACGUUGAGGAGGACAUGGAAGACCACGAAGAUCCUUUGGUCCUCACAUUUCCGGUGGCGGGAUGUAAUCUCAAGAAGAUUCUCAUCGACGGGGGAAGCUCGGUUAAUGUACUAUUCUAUGACACAUUCAAACGAAUGAAGCUUAAUGAAGAGCAGUUGAUGUCUUUAUACUACACCAUAUAUGGGUUUAACAGGGCACCAACGAAGCCUUUAGGAUACAUCGUUUUGCAAGUAAAUGCAGGACCCAUGAAAGUGGAAACACGGUUCAGCGUAGUAGAUGCUCCCUCCCCUUACAACGCCAUUAUUAGUCGAAAAUGGGUACACAAGCUCAAAGGAUUGGCGGAGACUUACCACCAAUACCUCAGAUUCCCAACACCCGAAGGGGUAAUGGAAAUAAAGGAAGAUCGGGUCAGCGCACGGGAAUGUCAAGCUCUACAAAAUCGGCUCAACAACGAACAAGACGAGCAGGGAAAAUCUAGAAGGUACCAAAACAAAGAAGCUGCGAAAGAAAAGGCAAUUGACCUUUAUCUUGAAGAAAUUUCCGUAAAAAGCUUGACGAAGGAGGGAAACGUCCUAAAUACGAAAGCUAGCACUUCAACAACAAAGGAAACUGAAGAAUCAACCAAAUAG